UCUGCAGGCAAGAUGUGUGACAAGCCAGACCUCUCGGAGGUGGAGAAAUUCGACAAGAGGAAGCUGAAGAAAACCAACACGGAGGAGAAGAACACGCUCCCCUCCAAGGAGACCAUUGAGCAGGAGAAGGAGUGUGUGAAGUCUUCCUAGAGUGAGAUGGCCUGGCAGGAAGAGCCAAUGCUUAUUUUUUUUGCUUUGAAUUAAAUCAUCUGUUUUUUAAAUUUACAUCAUCUAUGUGUAUAGAAAACAGCUGCAUCUAACCCACUGUUCCAGCUUGCUGACAGCUUCUGCAGCUGGAGGGGGACAGACUGUGGUCCCCUCUGAAUCCAUUGGUUGCCUGACCUGACCCAGCCCUGUCCUUGCUGCCCAGCUGACUCCUGUUUUUAGCACUGAUCUUGCUCGAGUGCAGUGGGGAGAUGAGCAAGGGCUGUGGAGCUCCUGGGGAUGGACCCCUCUGGCAUGGGGAGUGGGGAUCCUUUCUGAUCUGGCCUGUGGCCUGGAUCUGUCUUGCAUAAUCUUCACUGAUGGUGUUCUGUAGCCUCACUCACAAUUUUUGUCUUCCUUGGGGGAAAAAUGAGAAGUUUAUUAUAAAAUAAAAAAAAUCUAAUGAUCUA